GUCCCUUUGUAUGCGCGGCAUUGCCUAGCUGCAGCCUACACCGUUGAUUCUAAUAGUCAUAUCGUGUGAAAUGAUCAGCAAGUAGGCUAAAAGGAGAAAAACAGAGAGGCCACGAUAAUGACGAUAUUACAUGGUGCCGCUUUGUUAAAAAGAAAACAAUAACGGGGAAACAAAGACCUGGAAUUCGGAAUUCUGCCAGGACUACCUAAAAUGCUGUUGCAGACAGCGUUAUUUCUCGUAGUGACACCGGGGGAGUCAGAUUUUGCUGAUCCCAGCAUAUCCGGAUGACGAUUUUAGGGGGGCUCUUGGAGGAAUAAAAAUACAGCUUGACAAGCUCAAUACCUCCCGAUUAUUCAUCACGCAGCAUCCCCUCAAGCCACCAUAUUUUGGGUUCGAAGCCGCAAAGAGACCAGGAGCCUUCAUCUUCUCGUGUGCGGUUCUUUCUUUACGCACCGCUGUGUUGUCGGAGCCUCCGGUUGCUGCAGAGCAGCUAUACGAUGAAUAACUACAAGAAGUACAGUUGACCGUUGGGCGCCUCGAUGUUUGGGGAAAGGAAAACAACACCGUUAUGACAAAAAGUGACAUCUAUAAAGACCUGUAAAUGUAUCAAAGACCUGCAAUUGUGACCGUUGGAAAAUGUCUUAUCUAUAGAUAACCUCUGGUGACCUGGAGUUUGAACGUGUGAACCGUGUCCCACUCCUUCACCUUGGUAGCAUUCAACAGAGGUGCCAUCCUCACCCCCACUCCUCCACCAUCACCUCCACACUGUGCCUACUAAGAAAAGGCUCGGACAGGCACCCCAAGCAUGACCGUGGCUACAGGCGACCCUGGGGACGAGGCGGCAGCUCUCCCCUGCCAGGCGCAGGAUAUGUAUAACCUGGAGUCGGACCACGAGUGCUGCGAGCGUGUGGUCAUUAAUAUCUCUGGCCUGCGCUUCGAGACGCAGCUUAAGACCCUCUCGCAGUUCCCUGAGACACUUUUGGGAGACCCCAAGAAGCGGAUGCGCUACUUCGACCCACUGAGGAACGAGUACUUCUUUGACCGGAACCGACCCAGUUUCGACGCCAUACUGUAUUACUACCAAUCGGGAGGAAGGUUACGGCGGCCGGUCAACGUGACGUUGGACGUCUUCUCCGAGGAGAUCCGCUUCUAUGAGCUUGGGGACGAGGCAAUAGAGAUAUUCCGGGAGGACGAAGGCUUCAUCAAGGAGGAGGAACGACCACUGCCAGAGAAUGAGUUCCAGCGACAGGUGUGGCUGCUCUUCGAGUACCCAGAGAGCUCAGGCCCUGCCCGCAUCAUCGCCAUCAUCUCGGUGAUGGUCAUUCUCAUCUCAAUCGUCAGCUUCUGCCUGGAGACCCUGCCUAUAUUCCGCAAUGACGAAGAUGACAUGCACAAAGUCUAUCCGACCAACUUCAAUGGGACGUCGGCAUACGCUUCGACCAGCUUCACCGACCCCUUUUUCAUCCUCGAGACUCUUUGUAUUAUCUGGUUCUCGUUUGAGUUCCUCGUCAGAUUCUUUGCCUGUCCCAGCAAAGCUGGGUUCUUUGUGAACAUCAUGAACAUCAUUGACAUUGUGGCCAUCAUACCUUAUUUCAUCACCUUAGGGACCGAGCUGGCGGAAAAGCCAGAGGAUGGUCAGCAGGGCCAGCAGGCCAUGUCGUUGGCCAUCCUGAGAGUUAUCCGACUGGUGCGAGUAUUCCGAAUCUUUAAGCUGUCUCGACAUUCCAAGGGCCUGCAGAUUCUGGGCCAGACUCUCAAAGCCAGCAUGAGGGAGCUGGGGCUGCUCAUCUUCUUCCUCUUCAUCGGAGUCAUCCUCUUCUCCAGCGCCGUUUACUUCGCCGAGGCCGACGAACCCGACUCCCAGUUUGUCAGCAUUCCAGAUGCCUUCUGGUGGGCUGUGGUCUCCAUGACGACCGUGGGAUACGGGGACAUGGUACCCACCACCAUCGGCGGAAAGAUCGUGGGAUCGUUGUGCGCCAUUGCUGGUGUGCUCACUAUUGCCCUGCCAGUGCCUGUAAUUGUGUCCAAUUUCAACUAUUUCUACCACCGUGAGACGGAGGGCGAGGAACAGGCCCAGUACCUGAACACCCCGAGUGUUCCCAAGGCCGACUCCAGCGAGGAGCUGAAAAAGAGCCGCAGUGGCUCCACAAUCAGCAAGUCUGACUACAUGGAGAUACAUGAAGCUGUGCGCAACAGCCACGAGGACUUCCGCGAAGACAACCUCAAGACGGGUAACUGCACCUUGGCCAACACCAACUAUGUCAACACCACUAAAAUGCUCACGGAUGUAUAACCGUCUGCGGAUGUUUCUCAUCAGGAUUUUGGCACACAGAUAGAAAGGCACUAAUCACCCUUUUUGAGGGUGAUUGCUUUAGAGGACUAAUGCAAGUGUAUCCUGAGAGAAGGCCAGGGACAGGAAGCAGGUGAUAUGCAGAGAGAAUGAGAGAGAGUUGUCUUAAUCUCUCUCUUCAUGGACCCUUCCAUUUGCUCUGCUCCUAGGCCAGCCUUCACAAAAGUUAACCUACUGAAAAGGUCUGGCGUUUGCAUGGAAUUAAUCUCACAUGUGAUUAUUCUGUUGUCAUGCUGCUCACCAUCAUAGCCAGAUAGCUGAAUAAGGAUAGCAUACUGCAUAAGAGACUCGUGGGUGUCCCACGCGUAACAUAACGCCCCAAACACACUGCCAGUAUAUUAAGAUUUUCCCUUGCUCUUACAUCAAAGACAGGUGUUGUCGGUCCAUUGCCUCAGAGCAAAUCCAAAUGGCUUAGCUCAGCCCUGUAAAGCUACAUACCCUGAAUAAUACCAACAGGGUUUAUGUAGGUGGAAAGAAAAACAGAUAAUUCACUGCCACCCCUGCCUACAUGAUGUCUCAUGUAAGCACCAGAAGUAUGUCACGUUCCACUUUAUGUUUGGCACUUAUAAAGGAACCUGUGCAUGAUUUACUGUUGCAGAAGGUAGACGAUAGGUAGAUGGUAUUUUUAGAGUGAUAUUAUUAGUAGCACAAAGUUUUACCGUGUCUCUGCUUCCAUAGUUCAUGGGCCAAUGGAUGUAGAAAAAAAAGCCUAUUUAUUCUUUGUCAAUAUCAGGCUGACCAGCGAGCGACAUCCUGUCAACACAAAUGAGCAAAUGUUUCUUAGGUGAUACGUGAUACUGUCCAUUCCCUCAUAUCAAACGGUUCUUAUUUUAAUGUACACAGCUGGCUCACAUGGUGUUGUUUUUAUUCACCGAGGCAUGGAAUGUUCUUGGGUACAGAUUCAUGUCAAACAAGAAAGAAUCCAAGAGGUGAAAAUUAACCAUUUACAGAGGUAGCCGCAAGAUGCUUUCAUUCAUUCCAUUCCUCUCAUACUGCAUCACCACUAGUCACUGUCUAACCUAUACACCUGUGUUAUCCAGCAAUGCCCCCCUAAAAACUUCAUAGCAUUCCAUAUUUUAUAGAAACAGUAUUACUAGAGUCAUUUUAUGACGGUAUAGGCAUUCCAAUAAGCAAAUGUGCAAUUGGGAAAGAAGUAUGGUAGGGUCGGGUGGGUAGACAUUUAACUGUGAUAUCGGCAGCCUAAUAAGCAAAUAUUGUAGUUAGCUCGCUAGACAAGUCACCAAAGACAAAAAAAAAUCACUGCCACUGUAGUUUUCCUGCAUUUUUGAAGAUUUUUCAUUAAUCGGUUUUAUUAGCAAUCAUCUGUAGCUCCAUUGAUGUCAUACAAAAACAAGCUAUUGGUGCAUGUUUUUCAUUCCGUAAUGCUGCAGACAAUUUGGUGACACCUGUGUUCAAAAUAUGCUUCCUACAAACAGCUCUUUGUAAAAUAAGAUCUAUACAAUUACUCUAGUGCUGCAUGCCAUCUAUACAUUCCAUAUAUAGCAUGCAUUUGGAAUGAGUGGUACCUAAAACACUAGUAAUAUGUGUUUAUAUCUCAGAAUAAACUUCUCUGUGAGACAUUAAUGCUAUGUGCAAUAUGAGAGAGUGUAGAGUUGUGUAUAAUAUGUUGAGGUUUUAAUAAAUUCCAAAAUGUCAUAGUUUAGUUCUACUCAGUUGCAGACAACCACAUUGCUUCGCUCGAGUCACUAGGCCCCAUUACAACAGGUUUCACUCACGGGAAGGUUGCUCAUUUUUUCCUCAUGUCUGAAUCGAAGGAAGCCAAUGUUGCAUUAGAAAGUGUUCAAAGCAUCACUUUUGAGAUGUCUGAUUGACAUGCCAUAGUUUCUCAGUCAUAACAGAAGAUGUUCCCUUUCUGAAUUCCAAUGACAAAUAAACGAUAGAUGACAUCUCCACACCGGCAUGUGAAAGUUGCCGCCAGAGUAGUGUACAUAUUACUGUAGUUCCAAAUCCUGUUUAUGCUUCCUACAUAGCUUUAGUCAGCAUUCAACAGCACAUUAGGUUAGACUAAUGAACUAGAUGAAGGUCUAUGGGACUGUUGCAUUGUAUGCAGAAUAAAGUCGUAGGAAGUUUAAGCAGUGUGCAGAAUUACUUGUUGUUAUAUUAGACAGAUACAAAUGCUGGAGGCAUUUCAUAAUCUAGGGAACAAAGUUACCACAGUUUAUGCAUGCAAAAGGGGAGAUUAAGAAGGUUCUGAGUUUUUUUUAGUGCUGACUAAAACAGGGAUAUUUGUAUUUUUUUUACAUGAUGAUUUUACAUUUUUUUGAUAUGACACUUUUAUGAUAGGAAACAUUUUAGUAUUGUAUCUUGAUUAAGAUUAUUUUUUAAAUACAAAUACAUUGUUUUAAUCUUUGUAUUUUAUUAUGUCCAAUACAUUUGAUGUCAAAAUGUGUUCAAAUAUCCCAUAUCCUAAAGAAUUUAAAGCUAAAGCUUUAAAACACCCUCAAAAGAGUCUCUCAGUUAAUAUUCAGGCACACUAUGGAUGAAAUAUUCAGCUUGGUACCACUGCCACAUAUAGUAAGGACCCCACUAUUUUGUUCCAACUACAUGCACCUUGCAUUAUGUAAUUUUAUGAACGGGACUCUCUUCCAGUUAGCCUCAAUGAAAAACCUGUGUCAGGCAAUUUACACAAGAGCGGCUGGCAGUUUAGAUCGACUGCCAUCUCUAAGAACUCUAAGAUGUUUUUUUUUACUUCCAUGAAUGUGGUGCUCUGUAAACUCUACCCAAAUAUGCUGCCCUACUUCAGCCAUGGAAUACAGUAUCUGAACAUAAUCUGAACAGCUGGACAUCAAAAGCUGUGCUCUAAGAAAAGAAGCCCCAUCUACAGAUAUAAGACACAAAAAUAAUGGAGCAUUUUUGAGAAAAAAAUUGCAACCUUCCUAUAGAAAAAAAAAUCCCAUGUCAAGACAAGCACAGGAUUUGUUUGUUAGUUAUCUUAUUACUAGGUAGACAUGGCCAAGACAUGUUCCAGGUUUUUACCUUUAUUUAUACUGAUACUAAUUAUCUUCAGUCUUCUUUUUCAUAUACUUACAGUAUCAAAACCCCAUGCUCAUUUCUAUCACUUCAUGUACAUUUCUGUAGUUUUGUUUUUCAUUGCUUUUCUUAAGUCUUUAGGUGUUCAUUUAAGUGUGAAUGUACUGUUUGCAUGCAAGUGCCACUAUGUGAAUGUGGGUGAUGCCAUGAUUGCUUGGUUACCAAGUGUUUAAAUGCAGAAAAUCCCUCCUGCACUGUCCCCUGCUAUGGACAUGGAGAGAUGGAUAAUGUCUAAAGGAACAGUGCAUUUGAUGGACCUCAAUUGUAGCAAAUGCACUUAUGGACAAUGGCACCCUUUUGUUGACUGCAUACUUUUCACAGUUGCCUCAUUCCGAAAACAAAGCAUUAACGUAUAUUUUCAAAUGUAUUCCUAUAUACGUUAUAUAUAAUAGAAAAAAGUCAGUUUUGGAUGUACAAUACCAUUAGGCCUAGUGUAUGUACAACCACUAUCAUUAUAGAUAAAGCCAGGUAACUACUGUCUAAAAUACAGCUGCUUUCCUAAUUGUCUUGCAAUGCAAUAUUUAGCUUUAAAAGAGCCUCUGCCAUAUAUAGCAGCAACUGGAUAUGCACAGCUGCCAUUAUAUAUAGUUUUGAUCUCCAACUGGAAUUCAAAGUAUUAUAGUAUUACUAUAACAUUUUGUAUAUUGCAAGUGUAUGAGAUGUUUGAAAAAAGAAAACCAUAAAGAAGACAUGAAAUGUUAUUGUAGGUUUGCCUUUGAUUGUAAAUUUGUCAGCAUAUACUCCACAUAUAAAGGCUUUAUUUUUCUCUGAAAUGUAGGCUAUUAAUGUAUAACUAUGAUUAAGCUUCUUCGCUAACUGGCAUGUUUCAUAGGUUCUGUAAAUAUGUACUGUAAUUACAGAUAUAUAGAUAGAUAGAUAGAUAGAUAGGCUUAUGGGGGCAGAUCAGCUAGCCUGUUUCAAGAUUGUAUUGAUCAAGGGAGAGCUCUGAUGCACCAUUGUUCACGCCAUCUUGCUCUUUCCAUAUCAAUCAAUGUCUCUGUCUCUCCUUUACUUCCUGUGCCUCACUCACCACAUCUCUCUUUUUCCCUCUUUCAUUUAAUUUUUCUCUCUCUCUCUCCCUCCCUCUCAAACUCAUUUUAUUCCCACCACACCAGCCAUAAGACAGUCUAGACAUAGAACCUUCAUACCUUCAUCACCAUAAUAAUUAGCCAAGGGUUUGCUUUUCUUGCUUUUUUAAUUUCAGCUAAUGUCGCUUGUUUGUCCAUGGAUGUCGGUUUAUAUGUGUUUGACUGAACUGACAAACUGGCUGGAUCUCUGACUUUCUGCUGAAAGCAGAUUUUCCUUACAAGGAGGAAAUCAUGGAAACGCUAAACUUGGAACACAAGAAAGAAAAUGACUGAGGAAAUCGUCAAAUGUACACACACCCACACACACCCCCCCACACACACACACACCCCACACACACACACAAACAGAUGGUGCUCUGGAUAUAACUAAAUGUCAUGCACUUUAAAAGGACCUCCAAAUACCCGAAUACUCUGUAUGGUAUACCAGAAAAACAAGGGAAAAGACACCUCCACCAGAGACCAACAUUUAUUCAAAUCGGUAUCUAAUAAUAUCAACAAUGAUGAUGUUGAAAACAACAAUACAGUAAUAUCAGCAUCAAAAUCA